AUGAAUCCUACUUCCUGGAAGUUUAAAACAUCAUCAUGGCUCAAGUCAAUAUUGAAUCUCUUCACAGAGAGUUCAUUAGCAGAUUGCUGCUCAGCAACAAGAUGUCUGACGUUAUGACUAUAAUGAGGCCAGAACACACAACUGAGGAAAUGUUUUCUUAUUUGUGGAGCCUAGAUGAAGCCCAUGCAACUCUAACGCCAGUUCUGCACCCAACAAAGAAGUCAAAAGAUGAGUCUUAUGGACAUUGUAGACAGGGAGACAUAGCCUACCGCCUUCAUGAUCUAGUUCAGGCAUUAAGCUCUUAUAAUUUGGCCAUAUUAUCUGCACCACAUCCAGACACAAUCACAGAUAGUCCUAAGAACCCUGGCAAAGACAAGUAUGAAGAAUUGGCCCAAGCUUAUGAGUCACGAUCUGUUGUGCUUUAUGACCUGAAGCAGUAUACAAAAUGCUCAGAUGACAUUGACCGGGCUCUGCAACUUGGCUGUGUACAGUCACGUAGAAAAUUAUUAGACAGGAAAAGUAUUUGUCUGAAAUUAAUAUCAGAGGGUAAAGACAAGGCAUUCGAUGCUUCAGCUGAGGCUUUAAACAACUUUGAACCAUGUUUUGCAUAUAUAAACCCUGAGCCCCCUAAGUUAGCUGACCAUAACCCAGCCAUACCGUCACUCAGCAGUGCUGUCAAGCUGGCCUACACUCACUCCCAAGGGCGCCACCUGAUUGCUGAUAGAGACAUCAACCCAGGUAACUUAUUUUAUAUGUAA